AUGCAGAGUCUCGGGGCCCUACCUCUGCUGCUGGCCGCCUGCGUGGUGGUGAGCACCAACCCUGUGCCGACAUUGCCGGACGACAUCCAAGUGCAAGAGAACUUCGACAUCUCUAGGUUCUAUGGGAAAUGGUUCCACGUGGCCAUGGGCUCCACCUGCCCAUGGCUGUUGAAGCUCAAGGACAGGCUGACCAUAAGCACACUGGAGCUGAAAAGAGGACCGACGGAGAGGCAGAUCAGCACGACCAGCACCCGUUGGAGAAAAGGCGUCUGUGAGGAGAUCUCUGGGACUUAUGAGAAAACAGACAUCGAUGGAAAGUUCCUCUAUCGCAAAUCUAAAUGGAACAUCACCAUAGAGUCCUAUGUGGUCCACACCAACUAUGACGAGUAUGCCAUUAUUCUGAGCAAGAAAUUAUUCAAUCGCCACCAUGGGCCCACCAUUACUGCCAAGCUCUAUGGGCGGGAGCAGCAGCUUCGGGAAAGCCUGCUGGAGGAGUUCCGGGAGACUGCCCUGGGUGUGGGCAUCCCUGAGGACUCUAUCUUCACCAUGGCUGACAGAGGAGAGUGUGUCCCUGGGGAGCAGGAACCAGAGCCCACUUCACUCCCGAGAGCCAGGCGGGCUGUGCUGCCUCAGGAAGAGGAAGGGUCAGGGGCUGGGCAACCAGCAGCUGAUUUCGACAAGAAAGAAGAUUCCUGCCAGCUGGGCUAUGCAGAAGGUCCUUGCCUGGGGAUGGUCAGGAGGUAUUUCUAUAACGGCUCGUCCAUGGCCUGUGAGACCUUCCAAUAUGGUGGGUGCCUGGGCAAUGGCAACAACUUUGCUUCAGAGAAGGAGUGUCUGCAGACCUGCCGAACUGUGGCGGCCUGCAAUCUCCCCAUAGUCCGUGGCCCCUGCCACAGCUACAACCAGCUUUGGGCAUUUGAUGCUGUCCAGGGGAAGUGUGUCCUCUUCACCUAUGGGGGCUGCCAAGGCAAUGGCAACAAGUUCUACUCGGAGAAGGAGUGCAAGGAGUACUGUGGUGUCCCUGGUGAUGGGGAUGAGGAGCUGCUGCGCUUCUCCAACUGA